CACACUCUGAAAGCCUUGAUCCAGUGCAGCCGGCCAGCUAAAGCCACCUCGGUCUGCAGCCUUCGGUGCUCCGGCUCAAAGCGCGUUCAGUUGUCGCAGGAAAUCUCCCCCUCCCUCCCCGUUGGAUUUUUUUCUGGCUUGUAGUCGGAUGCGGGCUGCUUGUUUUGACUGCAGUAACAGAGCUUUGCCCCCUCCUUCUCAUUCUCCUCCUCCUCCUCCCCUCUCAGUCGAGUAGCGGAUUUGUGAGGGAUCUCAGCGCGGACUCACCAGCGAUCCCGCACGGCACCGGGACGCGCUCUCUGCACCGCUGCGGCUCUCUGGCUGCACCAGCCCCCGAUCGGUCCUCCCUGCUGAGAACACCACCAAGUUCCCCUCUGGAUGCAUUUAAUCUUUCAUUUUUUAUAUAUACUUUGACUGCCUCAUCGGAUCGCCUGCUAGUCCUUUUUCGUCUCUUUCUGUUGACGCCAUUUUUCCCCGGGGUUUUCCAUCCACAUUUAUUCCCCGGCAGCGUUUGACAGCUCCCCGGGAGGCUGUCAUCCACGGUGUAAAAAUGUGUCUCGGCUAAAUGGAUUGUAAAUGAUCUUGAUGAAAUAUUCACGUGUUAGAGGAGACUGUGUGACAGCAUUAGACAUGGAUUGUCCCUGGCUUCGCAGCGUUCCUGUGGGACAACGGACAAGACCCCAGUAGCUGACUGACAGCACCAAGCAGCCCACCACACCACUGUGCUAAAUCUUCCCAUAGGCCGGCUGCCAGAGCUCCCCCCCCCCCAUCCUGACUGGCUGUGGUGGGAGCGUGGAUGGAGCCGAGGGAUCUGGUUGGCUCAGCCCGACCCAAAGAGGCGGACCUUCGGGGAAGUAGGGCGGGGCUGAACGAGGAGCAUCAACUGGCAGUGGGAGGCGUCGGACUAGUGCGCAGCGAUGAUGUGAUUAACGGCGCUGCCAGUGAGGGGGAGGGGCUAGAGGAGCAAGGGGAGGGGCUUAUGGAGGAGCAGGAGUUCUCCAUCAAGGAAGCAAGUUUUCAAGAGGGAAGUCUCAAGUUGAAGAUACAGACAACCAAGCGCACAAAGAAGCCGCCCAAGAGCCUUGAGAACUAUAUUUGUCCGCCAGAGAUCAGAAUGACCAUCAGACCUCCGGCCGGUGAGGGUAAAGGGGGGCGACAAGGGCGGACAGGAGGCGGGGCAGGAGCAGGGCGGGGCCCCAAGGACGAAGAACGAGGUCCCCCGAGAAAAAGGACUUACGAGCGCCAGUUCAGAAUGCCUGAACAGAGAGACGGAGGUCUUCUACAGCUACUGGGAGAUCCCGCUCCACCCAAACACCAGCCUCGCAGUUCCCUCCUCUCAAACACACAGCACAGCCUUGCUCAAAAGUUCCAGGAUACUCAUACGCAGCAACACCAUAUUGGUGCAGGCUGGAUCACAUCUGCAGCACCUUUUUCUUCUCCGGGCCAUCCAGCCGACGCUGAAUCAGCCGGAGACUUGGCAGGAGGGAUCAGAGCUUCAUCGGUCGACCCGACGCAGCCUUACUCUGCAACGGCGACUCCAAGCCCAUCUCCCCAGAGAUCCAUGACUCCAGACCUGCAGCUGCCAGUGGUUACAGAUGCCAGUAUUCUCAACCUCACCUCACUGAGCAGGGGAAAAGGUUUGCAAGAGGUCAGCGAACAGCUCUUUGGGAACAUCAAGAGGAAGUACGGAAGAAAAGACUCUCAGAGGAUGUUUGCAACCCCCAACAGUGCUGAUGCACCUUGGGGAAGGCAGUCUGAAAGAGAAUUAGAAAGUCCAGCUAACUCUGAGGAGAGGCAGGGGUACAGGCAAGAGGGGAGCACUGGGCAGUGCCUAGAAGAAAGGGAGGAACGGAGAAAAGAAGAACGAGAGCAAACAAACGCAGGGAGGAGAAGUGAGGAAGAAGAGAGAGUGAUUCCCAUGCAGGUGGAGGAAGGGAAAGGCAGAAAGAGGCGGAGGAGGCCUUCAUUCGAUGAGUCGUUUUCCAUGGAGGAGCGGUCCCAGCAGCAAACGCUAGAUACUGCAGAGAAAUUCCAGGCUGGACCUUCAGAACCUAAAAUGGCACAUAAGGUAGAGGCUCACAAAAACGAGUCCCGUCUUUCAAGUCAGUGUGAUGGGAACCAAGACAGGACAGACAAGGCAGAUAAAGCUGAAAGGAGGGAUAAAGGAGACAGAGCGGAAAGAGGAGAGACGAUCACAUGUGGGCUCGACCAGGAAUCUGAUCUGGGCUCAAACAGGUUGAAGAAGAACCCAGUGGGUCGACCCAAGGGCAUCACAGAUACCCUGAAACUCAGAGAGGCAGCAUACAAUCAGAUCAACAAACCCAGUCUUAGCAUGAACCCAAGACUCCCUAGUCCCAGCUCUAGGGUUGGCGCAAGUCCAACUUCCAGCCCUAAAUCCAGGAUUAGCAUUAGCCCAAGUCCAAGUCCUAGACCCAGGAUGGACCUGAGUCCGAGUCCCAGCACUGGCAGCAGCCCUGCAGCCAGUUGCAGGCAAACCAAGGCCAAUGAAAGGUGCUCCUACCUGAAAGCUAAAAGUCAUUCAGCUCUCACCUCCCCUCAGAGAGAGAGCAUGGGAAGCCCCUCUGCUCUUACAGAUCCGCCCUCUGCCUUCCCAAUCACCCCCUCCAGCCCGCUCUACACCAACACUGACAGCCUAACGGUGCACGCUCCCAUCAAGAGGAAACGUGGACGUCCCAAGAAGCAGCCCCUCCUGACUGUUGAGACCAUUCACGAGGGGACCUCCACUUCACCUCUAAGCCCGCUGGCGAAAGAAUCAAACCCAGCACUGAACCGCAGGAGAAAGAUGCACAUGCUGAACCCACUAAUCCAUGGGGCCACCUCAUCUCCCAGCGACGGUUCCAGUGGUCUGAAAGUAAAGCGUGGGAGAGGGCAUCCCCGCACAGUGAACAGGACAAAGCUUGGGAAAAUGCAGAGCAUCCUGAACGAGAUCCUCUCUGGAUCCGGUCAGAAUGGCACCCUGGCCUUAAAGUCAGCCUCCUCUCCGGUUACCUCAGCCAUGAGCGCCAUGGCGACCACCAUUGAGGCCCGAUUGGGUAAACAAAUAAAUGUCAGUAAAAGAGGUACCAUCUAUAUCGGUAAAAAGAGAGGGCGUAAACCCAGAGCAGAAACCCAAGUUUCAGUCCUCAAAACCAGCCGGGAAAAACCACAGAUGUCCCUCUCUAUGUCCAGUCCGUAUGACAGCCCUGCAGUGCCUUCCUCCAACUCAUCUCCCAGUUCAAGUGCUCCUUCCCUAAGAGCCAGCAACACAGAUGCCACCAUGCCAAGCUUGCAGCCCAUCUCAGCCCUGCCCAGCAAACCCUCAGGAAGAGGCUUCCUCUCAGGGGGCUGGAAACUUUCUCCUCCUCGCCUUCUGGCCAACUCCCCCUCCCACCUGUCAGAGGGGGCAUCAGUGAAGGAGGUGACCCUAUCGCCCAUCAGCGAGUCCCACAGUGAGGAGACUAUCCCCAGUGACAGUGGGAUCGGGACGGACAACAACAGCACCUCUGAUCAAACCGAAAAGGGUCCUGCCUCUCGUCGCAGGUACUCCUUUGAUCUUUGCGGGUUUGAAUCCCCGGAGGCUGCCGCCCUGGACACAUCCAAUAGGGGGAGCAGCAGACCACGCUUGGAGCGAAAAAUUAGUGCGGUGGACAGCUAUUUGUCGCAGCAGGAAAAAAAGCAAAAACAUCAUCGGCGGAAGAGGAAGUGCCUGCAGACCAGGGACCAUCUUCAUUUUCUCUCUGAACUAGAAGAGGUUGUGUUAAAGUUCCAGCAGUUGCGAGUUUCUCACAGGCUGUACACCUGCUACCCCCAGCAUCCUUACCCAUCUAUUUUCCGGCUCAACUUCCACCAUUAUUACCCGCUCGGCUACGACUCCUACGCCUGCGACUCCAGCUCAUACCUGCGCAGGAGCGCUGACCUGAAGGCUAAAAGGAGACGAGGCCGUCCAGCCAAAGCCAGUGAACCGAUCCCAUCCAAACUGCCGUUUGUUCCAGGAUAUAGCUAUUCCCUGGGUGGGGGGAAUUACUAUGCAGCGCCGUAUCCAAUGCCUUACCCACCUCCUCUCAAUCUAGGCUACUUCUCCCCAACGCCGCCAUUCUAUCUGCCCCACCACUCGCUUGGACCUGUUCCUCCAUCUCCCUUCAUGAGGCCUGCUGUCCCACCUCCGAAAGCUUUCCACACAAGUGGGCACCCCAAACUGCAGGUGGGGGCGAAGAUUCGCAGUGCUAGUGGCUCACUGCAGGGCCAAGCUGUUAGAGCGGACGCUCUGGGCUCCCUGAGCAGUGGCAGUGCAGGAGGGGUCCGUCUCCAUAAGAGAAAGCACAAACACAAGCACAAGCACAAGGAUGAACCUCUCCUUUCCCCACGGGACCGGCAGGAGUUGGGUGGACUUUUUAGCGGGGCCAAGACCAACGUGCGACUCGGCGUGCUCAGCGACAGGCGGGACCUGGGUGCUCAGGGUUCUUCGAAGCAUCUGGAGAAGCAGAGGGGCAACGGCAGAGGAUCAGGCCUGGGAAUGUUCGAGUCGGACCAGCUGUCUGCGCGCGCUCACACCGACGGCCAGUUUCACUCCUGUCAGACUGCGCAGCCUGGGAAGGGCUUCAUGAGCAGCUAUGGCAGCCAGUCACAGCGGUCUGAGUCAGCCUCUGACCUUUUCUCGGGGUUACGGGAGGAUGAGUGUGCUGGGAGGAGCAGAAGGACUAGGCUGACUAUCUUCGGAGAUCAGGGCUUAAUGUCUUUCCAGACGGCCAGGCAGGAGCCGGAGCAGAUGAACGAGUGCUCUAGUCCAGCCCUCACUGGUGUCCCCUCUAAAAGGAGGUAUAAACGGCGUGAGGUGGAGCAGAUCCAGAAGGACGUCAGGAGGAUGCAUUCUUUGAACUUUGAUCACGUGCAGAAGAUCCUUCGUGCCAAACGUCUGCAGCGACAAGCCAAAACAGGAAAUAAUGUCAUCAAGAGGCGGCCCGGGCGGCCCCGAAAGCAGCCCUUAGAGGAGUCACAGCCGGCCAGCACCAGGGAGGAAGUCUGGGCUGAUGCUAGAGGUCUGGAUGGACUGGCCAGCAGGAAAAGCGAAGGGAGGACUUUGGGUAUGCCUGUUCUCGAGAGGUGCGAUAACCUGCCAGGUAGGCAUAGCCUCAGGCAGAGCCUGAGCCUCGAGCAUCAGGAACUCCCAAAUCACGACUCCAUCUCUGCGACGAUCGAGACGGUGGUGCAUCAGGCACGGACUGUGCCGCCUCCAGUCAAUAAAGAGGGCAAACGCAGAGGCAGGGGCCACAGCAGGGAUGAACUGUGGGCCCCUUGCAGCCAGUAGAACUGCACCGAAAAACAAAUGUUAGCCCUGAACUGAAGGUAGAACCGUUAGAAUGGUGGCUGCUUCAGGGCCCUAAAAGAUGCAGUGCCCUCAUUUUGGGGACUCUUUGAUGCACUUUGGCUUGUUUCUCCUGUCGGGUUGGUUUCGAGGAGCUCAGCAGGGCGGAGCAGCAACGAUGCAGCAGGAGGAACAACAACCUCCUUCAGUCUGCAGAAGCCCCAUCCAGACAAGGGCCUUUCAAAGAUCCACCUGAACUUUCUUCAAAAACGGCACUCUGUGGUAUUCUUUGAUACUAAAUCUGAUGCUAUAAAAGUGUGUGGUACUUAUGAUAGAGUAGGCUUUCAUGUGAUUCUUAAUGUGUCUGAUACAGUGACGUGUAUGGUACUUUACGAUACAGUAUCUGAAUGUGGCUUUAGCCAUAUAUUUUACCAGCAAAUGGGAAGGGGGGGUUGGUUAAUAUAAAACUGUGCAGCUCUGCUUAUUUUUUUUACUUUUUGUGGAAGCUUAUCAAAGGCAUGCAGAAUAAUACAUCAGUAAUUAACCCUCCCUACCCUGUGUAUGAUUUCCCAUUCUAAUGUAUUUUCCAAGCUUUCUUGUUCCCCUUUAGAAGAAAUUUACACUUCCUGGCAGCUCAUCUUCCCGGUUUAACCCCCAGUUUGCUCCUACUGAUGUUUUCUGUCUGCAGUCCUUGAGCUUCCCUGUUUCAGUCUGUUCGUCAUGUACUGCGCCCCUCAUGCUCAGGCCGCUCCUGGGCAGGGAACUGAGGCAAUACGGUGGCUAAGACUUGUCCCCCGACUGUACAUAGAACUGAAAGUCCACUGUUGCCUGCCUUGUACAAUGGGGGGAAAAAACCAGCUCAUAGAUGUGUACUGGCUUCCAGUAUAUUAAAUAGAAAUGUAGAUAAUGAAAGUGUGUAUUGUUUUAUAACCAAAAACAGACAUGGGUGUGACUCAAGACAAGUAUGUUUUCAGACAGAAGAAUACCACGUAUAUUCAUUCAUAUGCUCAUUAUUGUGUUUGUAUUCCAGGGAGGGGAGCCUUGGAUAAAAGAGGAAUGUGUGUUUUUUGGUGAACUUUUGGAGUUUGUUAAAUGCACUAUGAAGAGCCGUUCACUUGCAUCAAUCAAAAAAAAAAUGCAGCACUUAUAUGCUUGUUUAAGCCUUAUGUGUUCUUUGCAUCCGCUGGUUUGGGCGUCCACUCCAGAGAGCAUGCGUUGCUUUUGCUUUUGUUCUUUUUGUUUUUUUUAAUCAAUUCGUAUAUGCAGGCCACACAGCCAAAAAGCAAUUAAAAAACACAAUAAGCCUGAGUCUAAGUCGAAUUUGGACAGUUCAGACUCCCCCACCCCAACCUACCACUCUUUCCCUAUUGCAGCUGAUUUCCGUAAAGCAAUUCCAGUGUUUUAAUUUUGAAACCAAAGUCUGAGUAUAAGGACUUAGUAUUUGAAAGUAUGGCAAACUUCCCACCACAUUGGCAGCGAUGUAAACCAUUCCUAUGUGCACUGUAGAAUGUAGCCACGAUGGAUUCCUGUAUUGAUAAGCCUUUUAACUUAAAAAAAAUACUUAAAUCUGUGUUUGGGACUCAGUGGGAUUUUUUUCUAGAGCCAUCAAUUUUAGUCCAGCGUUUCUUUGGCAACUUUUUUGCUCCAGCUGAUUCCGUAUCCUUUGGGUCGGAUAAUAUUCCCAGUUGCAGCAGCUCAACUUGUGCCUUAUGUUUCCUUUCUAUCACUAACUGUUUUUGACUGAAGGAACAGAAAAUGGCAAGUAUCCCCCACACACACACACAACCACCACCACCCAGAUAACGACUCAAGUGUAUUCAUGAUUGUGCAUAACUGUUACAUCGUCAGUCAUGAGAACCCUGAUGCUGCCCUUAUCCCUUCACAUCUCUCUGUCUCUGGGCUUUCUUCUAGUUUUCUGAUCCCUAUUAUCCUGAAGCAGCCGGAGUGGCUGUAUUUAAUACACGUCAUGUACUGACCUAGAAACCACCAUGCAGCUGCAGCAGAAACAGAAAAACCCACUGAGUCAGACGAGCUACUGUCAGGAGAUAUCGAUUCUUCUCAGUGUCUUGACGUGUAAUUAAGAUCUCUCGUUCCCUCAGAGAAAAAAAAAUGUCCGAUAAAAUGAGGAAACAAAGCAGCUGUCAAAAAGAAACACAUUUGCGUUUAUUGCUUGCUAUGCAUCCGGCCAUGUAUCUGGCGACGACCUUAAAUAAGAAGUCAUGUCCUGGGUCCAUCCUUCGACAAAGAGAAUUAAGUGGUCUUACUUGCUGAAUGAGGUGAAUUAGUGUUAGGAGGAUUGUGAAUAAUAUCAAUAAUAGUUUGUAAUAAUGAUAAUAAAGUUGUGCAGAAAGUGACUAUCAUUUCAAGAAAACUAUACUUACUGCCUCUCUAUGCAGUACAGCCUUAAUAAGAUGUAAACCUACAGCGUUGACGUGUUUGAUGUAAAUAGUGUUAUUUUGUGUCUGUCACGCGUGGAUACUACCCAGGGCCGCCCAUUAAAGCCAUCCGUCUCCGUCACGACUGAAGCACACUGACAGAAAUGACAAUAGUAACGGAAUCUGAUCCCAGGCAUGGGCCAGAUAUUAAGAUACACCAAGGUUCUAAAAAGAUAUGGCUUCAUAAACCGCUAACGCUCUGUCAUUCGUGUUCCUUAUUUUAAGUCCUGAGGUUACAGCGAUGAGAUGAUGAUGAGAUGAAGAUCGGGUUAAAAGCAACUUAAAAAUUAUGUAUAUUUUAUGUUUUUACUUUUUUUAUGUAUCGGCAUCAAAUUAGCUGCUUUCCUGUUCUGAUUUUAAGAGAUUAGGUCACACUAUGCCUUAAUGUUUAACAUUUUCUUGCUAACCAAAUACAGAUAAUUUUAUUCCUGGUUUAUAUCAUUGGAAUUUCUUAGUACACUCAUUAGUCCAGCCGAUUAAGUUUCAGGUCUGCUAAAAGUUAUCCUUCUUACUACCUUGUGAAACAUCUUAAAGGCCCAUCUGUAGUCUUCUCAACUAAAAAUGGAUCUCUGCUGACUUUUGGCUCCUUUUGCUUGCAGCCAGAAGGUGCUUUGCUGUAGCACGGAGCAGGGCUGUUUGUGGGGGAGUUCUCAAAGGAAAAAGCCAAAAAUACUCCCAACCUAAUGCUAGCAUGCUUAACCCGUCUUUGGUAGAUGACUUUCUAUGAGUCUCACAUUUGUUUUGGUAAAGGUUAGGUCUUUGCCAAUGGGCUGCUUACGCCUCUGUGCUGUGGUGGGGUGGUGGUCUCUAAUGGUGGGGUUAAAGGCCCCUGGUAAUUUCUCUGCUGUCCUGUCUGUUGUGUCUCUUCUUCUACCAGCCAAUGCUCCAGUGCCUUCUAACACUGACAAGUAUUGCCCUAAUCCAGAGCUUUCAGUCAACACUGAGACUUCAGACAGGAUGUGUGGGAUUCAUGUUCCUGUUAGCAACCGGUCAGGGUCAGAUGGUUCACGACAUGCUGAUAUCUGAUCAGUUCCUAAAGAUUUCCUACUCUGUGAACAUUUUCCCCACAUGUUUUCGCUUUUUAACUGCAAACUUCAAUGUGGGUGUCAUUUAGGUUCUAUGUGACAGACCAACACUCGAGUAAUGCAAAUAUAUAUGGUUUUUCAUGGUUUUUCUACAUGCAGGUCAAAUAAUUUUAUUUAUGCAUCUCAUUUCAACAACACAUGUUGAAUCUAAUCUUACAGGCAUCUUACCAAUUAAGUUCAUGCAUUCGAUUUUGUUCUACUUAUGACAUAAUACAGUAAUUCAGAUUAUUUUUAAAUUUGGUUAAAAACUUUAGGAAACUGAGCAGAUUGUAUUAUUCCCUCCUCCUGGAUGGGCAUGUUAUGUAACUGUAGUAAACAGCUGUUUGCAGCGUGUUGAUUUUGCAGCAAUCCGGCAUGCCGAGCAUGUUUAAGACGACAGUCGAAAAAAGAUACUCCCUUUUAACAGUAAUAAAAAGCUUAAAAUCGGAAGAUAUUUGGUUACAUUUGCAAUCAGCGCCAAUAAUUCAGUACUUUGUAGAACCAGGUUUGUGCGUCUCUCUCUUUAGGUAUGUACUUUGACUAUGCCAUUCUAAACCAUCACAUUGUACUAAUGGCCAUAUUCUUUAAGCCACUGUCCUACUGGAAAGUGAAUUUCUCUUCACUGCUGAAGAAAAAUAUCCCAGCAGUAUGAUGCUGACACCACCGUAUUUCAUAGGAAAGUGACAUAAAGUGUUUCCCAUUUUACCUCCACAGAACUGCUGCAUUCACACUGAGAUAAAUUCACCUACAGGUGGACUCCAUAUAUUUAUGAUAUGACAUUAGAAGGCAGUUGGUUUUAAGCAGUCUUUAUUUAUGGGUAUCAGAUUUAGGAAAAUUUGAUAGAUGUGGAUGCAUCACUUACUGAGUUUUUAUUUGGGAAACAUUUUUAAAACCAUGCAUCACCUUAUUUUACUCCUCGAUUAAUUACUAUUUUGUGUUGUUCUGUCGCAUAAAACACAUGUGAUCAUGCAGUUGUAACAGAAUAAUGUUAAAAGGUUUAAAGGGCAUGAAUAGAUUUGUUAGAGUCUGUAAGCAUAUUUGAACUUGUUUGCAGCUUUUUAUGUACGAUUCCGCCACAGUGAGAUCAUGUUUGAUGAGACAUAUUAACCAAUAGAUUGUGCUCUUAUUACCCUGAUAGCAUACAGUGGCAGUCCUUCACCUUGACGUAACGGGGGGGCAGGGGGGUAUUUCAAGUCAUAAACGUUGUCAUCCUUCCAGCAUCAGUUUCCCAUUCAAAGCUGUAACGUUCCGAACUGAGAGAUCAGACGAGGCAUUGAGAAAACCAAUAAACGUACUUCUCUAGAGCACAAAGUGAGCUCUUCUAAAAGCGUGGGCAUAUUUUAAUUUGUAUACAUUGUGUAUUUGAACCUUUUUCUAGAGUGGCGCUCCUUGAUUUGCAUGCCCAAUUUUGAUUGUAUGCAUAAAUAUUUUAGACAAGUUGAAUUUCAAUUGAAUUUGAACCAAGACUUGUACAUUGUUUGAUAUGUUUCUUUUUGUAAUGAAUUUUUUAAUUCAUGAGGCAUUUUUGUACAUUGUAUGAAUAUUAAAAACUGCAAAUAUUUGACAUAUAGAGUAAAUACUAGAUGCACAUGCAUAUGCAUAUAUUCCUCACAGUAUGUAUGUGUAAUCCUACACAUAUAUUUUGUAUUCGCAUUCGCCAGCAUACAGAUAUAUGUCCUAAGCACAUAUAUACCUGUAUUAUAUAUGUAUAUCCAUGUCUGCUGGCAUGCUUUCGGUCAUGUUUCUCUUUCAUGAUCUUGUAGGUUAUUUUUGUUUGUUUUUAUUUUUUUUUUUUAUUCCUCUUUCCUGAAAAAGAAAUGCUCAUUUUUUGCUACCCUUCUGUUGGCUGGCAGCCUUGAGCACUUAUUAAGAAGAACUACAGUUGAAGUGUUCAUGUUAUCCAUUGUGUGAAAUAAUAAAUGACUUUAUUGACAGCU